GCUCUCCUCAUCAGUCAGUCGCUUGCGGUUCGUGAGCGAAGAGAUAGUGGUUAUACCUCGACUAUGUCUGAAAUGUACAAACUAGGUGAUUUGGUAUGGGCGAAGAUGAAGGGAUUUUCACCGUGGCCUGGCCGGGUAUCCAUUCCUUCGAAGGAUUUGAAGAAACCAGGAAAUACUAAGAGAGGACCAGUACAAUGUAUUUUCUUCUUUGGAACUAAUAAUUAUGCAUGGAUAGAAGAAUCCAAUAUCAAACCAUACCAACAAUAUAAAGAUACUUUGGUAAAGUCAAGUAAGUCUAUCGCUUUUAAAGAUGCAGUGGAAGCUAUAGAAGAAUUUAUUGCCAAAGGAGAGGUUUUUGAAGAUGGCUUAGAUCCAGAUUCGUUAUUUGACAGACUGAAAGAAGACACGUUAUCUACAGAAAAGAAAAUAGUUACAAAAAUACCGAAACCACGCAAGGAAACACCAAAAGCUAAGAGACUGGAUAGUGGUGCCAGUGACACACGUCGUCCAGCCAAAAAACAACGCAGAGAAUCCAGUACAAGCAAUAGUAACAGAGUCGGCAGUAUUAGUCCUGCACUAAAUCAUUCUACUCCUACUAGGAAGUCAGGUUCAACUCUUCUAAACAGGCCAGCCAAUAUCACCAGACCUGUAACACCACCUCUAGAUGUUGAAACAUUAUCUCAAACACUCAAAGAGAAGAAUAUCCUUCCUUCGAAUUUGAAAUUUGGUUUCCUCGGUUUGGGAAUUAUGGGCAGUGGCAUCGUAAAAAAUUUGAUCAACAGUGGGCACAGCGUGAUAGUGUGGAAUCGAACGCAAGAAAAGUGUGCGGAUUUUGUAAAGGCUGGAGCAGAACAAGGAUUAACACCUUCGGACGUCGUAUUGGCAGCCGACAUAACAUUUUCUUGCGUUGCUGAUCCACAAGCUGCAAAAGAUAUGGUAUUUGGUAAUUGCGGCGUAUUGAUGGAAAUAUCCUCUGACAAGGGUUACGUUGAAAUGACAGGAAUAGACGCGGAAACAUCACAGGACAUCGCCGAGGCGAUAAACGCAAAAGGUGGCCGUUACCUUGAAGCACAAGUGCAAGGUAGCAAAACCCAAGCGCAGGAAGGCACAUUGGUCAUUCUUGCGGCUGGAGAUCGUACGCUUUUUGACGAUUGUCAAUCGUGUUUUGAGGCUAUGGGCAAAAACAGUUUCUACCUCGGAGAAGUUGGCAAUGCAUCCAAGAUGAACCUCGUCCUUCAGCUAAUGGCUGGCGUGACAUUGGCGGGACUUGCUGAGAGUAUGGCUCUAGCUGAUCGAGCGGGACUUCAACAGAAGGACGUUCUUGAGGUUUUAGAGUUAACCUCCCUAGCUUGUCCGGCGAUUCUUGACAAAGGAAAGGCGAUCAUCGAGGGUGGUUUCCCGACACAACUACCGCUCCAGCACAUGCAGAAAGAUCUUAGAUUAUCGUUAGGAAUGAGCGAUCAGCUCGAACAACCUCUGCCCCUUGCUGCAGCGGCGAAUGAAGUUUACAAGCAUGCAAAACGUCUCGGUUAUGGGGAACACGACGCCUCGGCUGUUUACAUCAGGGCCAGGUUCUAAUGGAGAACAACGUCGUCGGGGCUUUUGCUAAGAUCAUAUUUAUUGCAAUACCUAACGUUGUUUCCCCAGCGCUAAGAGAAAAGAUUAGUUAAGUGCGUCGAUUUAUCGCGAAAAUCGACGUUGUCAUAUAAUAGAGAUGGAAAGAGAGAAAGAACCAAACACGAGCAAAAGAGAGGGAACAAAGAGCCAGAAAAAGGGGGAGAGAGAGAGAGAGAGAGAGAGAGAGAGAGAGAGAGAGAGAGAGAGAGAGAGAGAGAGAACCAAGCACGCACGCACGUAACAAGCAAGCACACACGAUGUCAAGUAUAUAUGCUUACAUGUAUACUAUUGUUCGAGGAAGAUGAAAACGCAUUUAUCGCUGGAACACGUAUCGACAUUUUACGAAAGAUCGGACCAGUAAGUUUCACACAGUAAAAAGAUAUUAUUGACGAGUGGGCCAUCGAGAAGAUACACACGACGAGAAAAAUGAUAAACAAUGGAUUUACUCCUAUCCUCGUGAUCGAAAUUUAAUCUAUACAUAUGUAUACGUAAGCGUGCAUAUAUACAUAUAUACAUAUACACAUAUUGUAAUAUCACAAUUUGUUGUACUCUUAAUACAUAGAGGAAGGUGCAAUUAUCGAAGGAUAAGGAGGGAAAAUGUGCGUGUGAUACAUACAUAUAUAUAUAUAUAUAUGUAUGUAUGUAUGUAUGUAUAUAUGUAUAUGUAUAUACAAUAUAUAUAUAUGUGUGUGUGUAUGUAUGUUGUAUGUAUACCUGUACCAUGUGUACUAUCGUUAGAUAGUAGUUACGUGACAUUUUUCUUAACGCGAUUAGUAGAAAUUCGUUCUUUCAAGAAAUGUUUGCGAUGCAAGACGCGAGUCGAUGGUUAUUUCUCUCGAGUUGCGUCCCGUCGCUAUAAUGUAUUAAAGAACGUCGAAUCGAAGAGGAAACUCGGGACGCGUCGAAAAUGUGCCUUACGUUGCUACACGACGCAAAAAAUUCCUUAGUAAAGGCGUUCAAUAAUUCUGAAAGUUCGCUUGCGCGUUUCGAGAGCAUCAACGAUCGACAGCGCUAAUGCGUCUUAAGUGUCAUCCUUUAUAUAGACAUAUAUAGAAGACGUGUAAGAAGAAGAAGAAGAAGAAGAAGAAGAAAAAAGGAUGAAGAAGAAAAAAAGAAGAAGAUUAUAUCAAUGAAAGAAUGAAUUCUAUUAUUCGUCAAAGAUUUCUAAUUUGGAGAUGUGUGUCUGUCACUUGUGCGUGUUAAGCCACCGUACGAAAGAAGAAAUGCAAAGAAUCGAGCAGCGCACGUUUCCUGUUCUUUUUUUUUUUUUUCUUUUUUUUUUUUUCUCUUUGUUUUUCUUUUUUUUUUUUUUUUUUUUUUUUUUAAGAGAUAUCUCUUACUUAUUUUGAAAGUUUUAUCAAUAUUAUUGUAUUAUUAAAUAUAUCUUAACUCUAUCCACUGUAAAGCUUUAUUUUGACCGAGUCGUUGUCUGUCUCCUCUCGAAUGUUGGAGUCAGAUUUUCGAUAUCGCGGGAACAACGAUCUUCGACGGUUUUUAUAAAUAAGAAAAAGAAAAAAGAAAAAAAAAAAAAAAGAAAAAAGAAAGAAAAAAAGCAAACAAAACGUAAAAGAA